UAAAAGCAAGAGAGAGCUGACAGACGGCAGCUCAGGCUCAACCUCAGCUUCCUUUAAGGUGGUGGGCAACCGAGAAAUGACUGCGAAUUAAUUGUCAACAGCCCAGUAACCCGCCCGGGAGAAAUAUGGAUGUAUGGCCGCCGAAUUUGGAAUAGAGAUGUAGUUUCAAGGAUGUCACCCAUCUACAUCUCUCGUUUGUUCCUCUUUAUUUUUAUCUCCGCGGUCUGGGAGACGCGAGCCAAAUCUCUUCCAGAUCAAGGAGCACUUGAGGUCCAGAUCAGAGUUCAGGUGUUCGACAACAGUGACCUCUCACCUUUGGCCGGCGCCGCCAUAGAGGUUCAUGGGAACCGGUCUGUGUUAGCGUCCAGCCAGGCGGGCAGUGAUGGCGUGCUUAGGGUGACCUUCCUGUACCACCCGGGGACCUGGGUCAUCAUUUCAGCGUCCAAACACGACUAUGUCACCAACUCCGUCCCCUGGCACGCUAGCCGCAUCCCUCUGUAUGCAUCGGUCAGCUUGUACCUCCUAGUCCAGAGGCCAGGCACCCUCAUUCUCUAUGAUGAUGUCAUCCAGGUGCUGCAUGGAUCCCCAGGUGCACGGAACCAGCCAUUGGUCCAGCUCCAGAGAAAGUCCCUUCAGCUGCCAGCUUAUUCCAACUACACAGCACUAUCGGCUGUGCUGACUACUGCCAGAAGCCAGUAUGAGAUCGGGGGCUUCCCGUACCUCCUGGGCCUGGAAACCAACAGCACAGGGGCAGAGACAGGAUGGACAGACUUAACAGCACUGGCGGUGGUCAGCGUUCAGCUCUUUGACCACGAUGGGACCGUCAUCCAGGUGUCUGACCCGGUUCACGUCUCCGUACCGCUGCCCUCGGAUACUCGCACCAGGAUCGCCACCAGCAUUCCCGCCUGGCUGUACCAGCCCAAGACGGGUCUGUGGGUCAGGAAUGGAACUGGCUACAUUAAAAAAGAGGGCACACAACUAAUCUGGAACGUGGUCGUUCCUCAGUUGGGGUAUUGGGUCGCAGCCUUCCCUUCAUCUGCAGGCGUGGGUCUGGGCGGUCACUCAGGCCUGAGAGACAUCACCACCUACCACACCCUGUUCCUGCUCUCCAUCCUGGGUUCGCUGGCCCUGCUGGUGCUCAUCCUGCUCUGUGUGCUGCUCUACUACUGCAGACGGAAAUGUCUAAAACCACGGCGACAACAGGGAAAGCCACACACUGCUCUGAACAGCUCCAAGCGCGACCAGGGCACCUCCACUUCCCGCCUCAACCUCAUCUGUGGCGGCCAUGUUGAAUCCGGUCCAUCCAAUGAUGCCAGCAAAUCUGACCCAUCCCCCUCACGAGACUACCAGAGCUCGCGGGAGGAGUUCGCCAAGCAUGUCCCCGCCCACAAGCUGCGGCAUUCGAAGGCGAAAGGAGCCUCGGGACCUCAGAGGGGCGAGAGCUUCCCUAUGAAGGUGACCCGCGCCACAGACACCAACAAUCUCGACAACCCCCUGCUAAUGCAAGAAGACUACUCACGGAACUACAGCCCCAUCAUGGAGGACGACAAGGACUCGGACUACCACAUACGCUGCCACACCGCCAACGACAAUCGCGGCUACACCUCAGACGGGGGCUCCCCACCUCGUUUCCUGUCGGACAAGUCAGACAAGCCUCCCGAGUACUCUGCGGCCGCCGCCGACCACCUGGCCCGCCCGACAUCGCUCAACACGCAACCGGGCCAGAUCAUCUUCUGCCACUCCAUGGACCAGAUGAAGGAAAACAUGUACCGAAGCAUGGUGCCCACCUUGGUCAUACCGGCCCAUUACAUGCGUAUGUCCUCAGACUUCUCCGGGAAGGAGCAGCAGCAGGAUAAGGAAGGGGGGAUGCAGAUGGGUGCCGGUCAGUCACACCAUCCCCAGCAACAGAGCCAGCACCAGCAGCAGGGCGGCUCCCAAGGGGAUGACUCGGAGGGUCAAAACUGGAACUCGGACCCAUCCCAAGGCCCUGUGCGGAUCCCUGUGCUCUUUAACGACUCCACCAUGGCACAGAUGAAUGGCGAGCUGCAGGGGCUGACUGAGAAGAAGCUCCUGGAGCUGGGCAUUAAGCAGCACCCACGCGCCUGGUUCAUCUCAAUGGACGGCCGCGCCAACCACGUGCGCCAUUCUUACAUCGACGUGAGCAACGACCUCAGCAGCGGCGGAAUUGGCGGGGGAGGCGGUGGCCCCAGCUGCAGCACAAUCCGAGAAGCCAACCUCGAAGGACCCAUGGACGGCACCCAAGACCGCAAGGCUGCGGCAAUCCGUAAGGGUAAGGACGAACGGUGGGGAACUGGUGGACGGAAGGGUGGUGGCAGUAAGGGCAUGUCCAAGCUGGCAUACCAGGAGCACAGCGAGCCCAGCAGCAGCGAGGGCCGCCCAGUGUCACCCGAGGAGAAUUCCCUUACCCCGCUGCUGGACGAGGGGCCCUCGUCGCGGGGCUCCACCAUCCCCCGGAGAGGCCGCAGCCGCAUGAACAGCGCGCGCAGCAGCAACAGCGAGAACCGUCGCGACUCCAUGACUAGCCCAGAGGAUGACCCGGACAGCAAGGAUGAGAACAAGAAGAGCCCGUGGCAGAAGAUCGAAGACCGGCCUCUCAUGGUGUUUCCCCCUAAAAAGUUGUAGGCUAACAUCUCAGGCUCCACUCAUAUGGAACAUAAGAGUUGGUCCAGUAGUCAGGGCAGUUAUACAGCCAUUUUGAGACACCUAGAGAAACAAUAAAAGGAAGGUGGAGGAGUAGCAUUUGACCGAAAGAAGAUCCUAGAAAAGCACAAGCCUGCUUGAUAAUCCGUCAAAUGGUACUAUUUUAAUGACAGCCUCUUUCUAUGGUUUUUGUGUUUCACAUUUAUUCGAUCACACCCCUAAUUCCCAUCAUUCUUCUCCAUGUCUUUACAAAUCCAUUUUUGAAAUCCCUCUCAGUAAAUUCAACUCUGAGCCACUGACUUUGGAAAUAACCAUCUUAACAAAGAAAACCCAAUGGCUAUAUUUGGAGAGAACUAACCUACAGUAUCUUGUUGCGACUGAAAUAAUUUGCCCAGUAUUGUGAAUGGACUUCCACAUGAGAAAGACAAGUUACUUCAAGGACAGGACUACCCUCUUCUCUCCUGGACUUGUGUACUACACAUUUAUGAAGGCCAGGAUCAAUUCCAUUUCAGUUCAGUCAAUUCAGGAAGCAAACCGAAAUGUGUAAUUUCCGUUUGCGCCAGGAAUUGGCUGAAUUAAAAUGGUACCAAAACUCUGAUAUAGGCUCACCUUGAGUUUUAGUGGUUGUAAUUCUGUCACUUUGGUCUGCCUGCUUCCUGGACCAUAAGGAGAUACUUUAUCUCUGUGAAGACAUUAGCACACAUUAUCCCAAAGCAUAAAUGUGUGGAGAUUAUGUGGUUUUUUUCUUUAUGGUUUUCUAUUUGGAGGAUUUUUAUGGAAUGAUAGUUAGUGUAAAAUAUCUGUUGAUCUCCAUUUGUCGUGUGUACAAUUAUGUACUUUUAAUGUGAAAUGUGCAUUACUCCUUCAGGGAAAUGUAUUUGCAAUUCUUUAUGUGUUGUAAUGAUUUAUUAUACUGUAAGCCACUUAUCUGAGGUGGGAUCUCCUACAAUUUUGCACAGAUUUGCCAUCCUGUUACAUGCCACCGGCCAUUUUAUAUUUAUUUCAAAUUUUUUCUGUUUUUGUGUUUGGAAUACCACGGUUGCUAUGGAUAUGCAUAUGAUGUAAGCAUUUGUAGGCCAAUUUCGAAACUGUAGAAUAACUGCAUUACCUAUAAUGCUCUACUCAACCAUCAAAAAACUUCUCCGUCCAUUGGACAACCCCUCUUAAAAUCACCACCGACCUCUGUGACAGUUUUCUGGCCUUCAGGCUAUCUACCAACAGCUGCAGUAGUCUCACCCUUCAUCUGCCCCCCCCCCCCACCAGGACUACCAGACUCACAACCUGUGAACAGAUGUAAUGUCCUCCCUUGUCAAUGAAACCACCAUUACUGAAUUAUUUUCUAAAUCCAAAAGCAAAGCUCUUUUGACCCAAUGCCCACUGUCUUAGUUAAGGCAUGCCUCCCUGUUCUCUUCCCCCUGGUGGUCAAGAUUGUAAAUGCAUCCCUUACAUCUGGCAUUGUUCUUACUCCUUUGAAAACAGUGUCUAUAACUCCCAUACUGGAGAAACAGGGCCUGGACUCUGAGAUCCUCAUCAACUACGGGCCUAUUUCAAACCUACCCUUCCUCGCCAAGCUGCUUGAGUGGGUGGUAGCGACACAAAUCCAACAACACAUGGCCUCUCAUGAUCUUUUGUGUCCCACAAGUCUGUGUUAGGUCCAUUACUGUUUAGUAUUUACAUGCUACCCCUUGGUCAGAUCCUCCGUCAAUUUGGAUUUCACUGUUAUGCAGACGACACGCAAAUCUACAUCCACACAAAAUCCAACUCCGCUAUGCCACCUUCCUCUGUGGUUGACUGUCUAAAAACUUGGAUGAUCAAUAACUUUUAAAAACUAAACAGAGAUCACGCUGAUGGGCCCCAACUCCGUCAUCAUGAAACUGGGUCAAUUCAACAUGACAAUCAGCGGCUGCACCAUCCUCUCCAACUCCACAGUCAGGAUACACAGUGUUACAUUUGAACCCCACAUCCCUAACAUCACCAAGUCAGCCUUUUUCCACCUCAAAAACAUCUCAUGACUUAGACCCUCUCUCACUGACACCACAACCCUCAUCCAUGCCUUUGUUUUAUCAUGCUGGCCUACUGCAACGCCAUUCUCUACGGACUCCCCAACAAAACACUGGGCAAACUUCAAAAUUCAGCUGCACGGGUACUCCCACACACCAGAUCUUGGGACCACAUCAUCCCCCACCCUCAUCAACCUCCACUGGCUCCCAGUUCAAUACAGGAUCAUAUUGCUCAUGCUCACCUACAAAGCAUUCAAUGGACUGGCGCCAACAUACCUUACUGAUGUCCUGCACCCCUACACUCCCACCUGUUCACAGCGCUCCUCUGACACUGGCCUCCUCACCAUCGGCAGGGUAGCCUAGUGGUUAGAGCGUUGGACUAGUAACCGGAAGGUUGCAAGUUCAAACCCCCGAGCUGACAAGGUACAAAUCUGUUGU